UGCUAUAAAUAAUAUCUCUCUGAGAACAAAAUUUUCAUGCUAACGAAUACUACCUUUCAUAUUCGAUAUCCUUCCUUCCUUCCUCCCAAAUCCAAAUGGCUUCAAGGGAAGAAGAUCACAAGGUUAGUUAUGAUUAUUGUAAGCAACAAAUCCUCUCACUUCCCAAAGAGAAAGGGUUAUCAAUCCAAGAUUUAUAUUUUUUCCAAAGUUUUUGGUGUCCACCAAUAUUAAUCCAACCUAUAAACUCUUUUCAAAAUAAUUUUCAAACCAAAGAUAGUGAUGUUAUUGUUGCAUCCAUGCCAAAAGCAGGCACCACUUGGCUAAAAGCUUUAACAUAUGCAAUUGUUAAUCGCCACUCACUAGAGAUGCAUGACCAUCCAUUACUUAAAUCAAAUUCCCAUGAAUUGGUGCCUUACUUUGAAUUUAACAUAUAUGGUGAUAACUUAGAUCAAACUCCUCUAAUUGACCUAUCAAACAUGGCUGAACCAAGACUUUUUGGAACUCAUAUUCCAUUUAAUUCCUUGGCCAAGUCAAUUAAGGAAUCCAAUUGUAAGAUCAUUUAUAUAUGUAGGAAUCCACUUGACACUUUUAUUUCCACUUGGUUUUUUAUCAAUAAAAUUAGAUCAAAUGAAUCUUUACCUAUGUUGAACUUAGAGGAAGCAUUUGAAAUGUAUUGUAAGGGGAGAAAUCUAUCUGGUCCUUUUUGGAACCACAUGUUGGGUUACUACAAGGAGAGCAUAGCUAGACCAGGCAAGGUUUUAUUCUUGAACUAUGAAGAACUUAAACAAGAUGCCAAUUAUCAAGUGAAAAGAAUUGCAGAAUUCUUGGGUUGUCCUUUUACUCAAGAAGAGGAAAGUAAUAGAAUGAUUCAAAAUAUUAUUAAUUUAUGUUGCUUUGAAAAUAUGAAGGAUCAAGAAGUAAAUAAAUUUGGAGUUUUGUCAUCGAGAUAUGAGAAAAAACACCUCUUUCGAAAGGCCGAAAUAGGAGAUUGGAAAAAUUAUCUUUCCCGUUCAAUGGUAGAAAAAAUAUCCAAAAUCACAAAAGAAAUGUUAGGAGGUCUCUCAUUUGAAGUUUGUCGAAGUAUUGAUCAAUGAUUACUUUAUGUAUAAGUUGUUUUGUAUUAAGAAGUUCAUUGUUGUUGUAAGAACCGUGCAUUUGGCUGAAAUGUGUGACACAAUUGUUAAUUGUACAAAGAAGUGAUUUUUAGACAAUUACUUGUACUACAAGCUAUUGUACUUUUGUGUAACUAAUUAACCACUUGACGGUUAAUUGGUUAUGCAUUUAGUUAGUUAAGCUUGUCGGGGAAUAGCUUGCUCUAGUUACACUUGUAUAGGAUCAAAUAAUCUAUAUAUAUUGAUCCUAUCUCACUUGUAAAAUUAGAUUGGUGAAUAAUGAAUUUUCUACUUUUAAAC